CUGCCGCAUUGUUUACAAAAAAUAUUACAGUUUGUAGUUUAUGGAAAAUGCAACUUUAGUGAACGUAGUAGUAAUUAAUUAAUAAUGUCUCACGAAAACAAAAAGCAUCAUCAUCGUGACGAAAGCCCUGACAAACAUUUGCAGAAAGCACUGGAAACACCUGAGCAGAAACGACUGAGACGAUUUGCAAAAAAGGAAGCUAAAGAUCGAAAAAGGAAGGAAGAAUUAGGAUGGGAUGCAGAGUACAUGGGUUAUACAAAUUCUGACAACCCAUAUGGGGACACAAAUUUACUAGAAAAGUUUGUGUGGAAGAAAAAACUGGAAAAAGAGGGUUUGAAACAUAUCACUAAAGAUGAAAUUGAAAGGAGAAGUCGUUUGAAUAAGAUAGAGUUGGAUAAAGUAAAAGAGCGACGACUCCAGCGUGAAAGAGAAAGAGAAAUGAGAGAAGAAGAAAUGACCAAAAUUCAAAGAGAGAAAGAAGCUGCUCAAUUUAGUGAAUAUGAAAAGCAAGAAUAUAUAUUCCAUUUGCAACAGGCAAAAUUGAGAUCAAAAAUCAGAAUUCAAAAUGGACGUGCUAAACCAAUUGAUCUUCUGGCUCGCUAUUGUAGUUCUGAAGAAGAAGAUUGUUCUGUCGAGUUUUUGUGUCAUGAGCCCUACACAUAUUUAAAUGGAUUAAAAAUUGAAGAUCUGGAAAAUUUGCUGGAAGACAUAAAGAUCUACAUGGAGAUGGAAAAUGAAAACAAAUUGGAAUUUUGGAAAGACAUUCAAAUUAUAGUUGAGGAUGAAAUUUCACGUGCACGAGAUGAGGAAAAGAAAAAUGUUGGAGAUCGAAGAGAGAGUAUCAACUCUGCUGUUGGAUGUGAAAUUGUCGCAAUAUUCAAAGGAAAAACCCCAAAGCAAUUACAAGCUAUGUAUAAGCAAAUUGAAAAGAAGCUGUCGAGUGCCGAUGAGACGCUUGAUGUGGCUUACUGGGAAACUCUCCUCUCUCGCCUGAAUGCAUAUAUGGCAAGAGCCAGGCUCCGUGAGAAGCACGAAGAAAAUCUGAAGCAGAAGUUGUUUAAGUUGAAAGAAGAGCAAGGUGUGACGGCAAAAGAUCCUCCCUUAUUUCCUUGUGUGUCUGGUAAUACAAUAAACACUCCAACUGAUGUUGCUUCAACAUCGACAGCUGAAAAAAGUAUCGCUUCAGAUGUUGUUGAGACACCCUCUGCAAAAGAGAGAAGUGAUCCAGAAGAUGGGCCAUUUACGCUUAAGUCAGAAAAAGGCGCUUCUACUAGUGGAGAAAGUCGCCCGCUGAAAGCAUCUAAUGAAGAAGUGUAUGAUUCAGGCAGGUAUAGUCCAACAUUAAUUCCAUUUGAAAAGUUAGAACCGGGAGUUAUUGUGAUUGAUGAAGUAGAAGAUGCACAACGCAUUGAAUUCAGGCAAAAUAGAGUAUUUUCAAGUAGCAGUGAUGAUGCUUUAACCACUGAGGAAAAAGCUUUUGAAAAAAUUGCACGGCAAGAAAUGGGGCCAGAUGAAGCUGUUUUCAGUGUUGAGCACCCAGUUCAUCAAACAUAUCUAUUGUCAGACAAGUACCGACCUCGAAAGCCUAGAUAUUUUAAUCGUGUGCACACAGGCUUUGAAUGGAACAAAUAUAAUCAGACUCAUUAUGACAUGGACAACCCACCACCAAAGAUCGUUCAAGGAUACAAAUUUAAUAUAUUCUAUCCUGACUUGAUUGAUAAAUCAAAAACUCCAGAGUACACACUUACUCCUUGUGAUGACAACAAAGACUUUGCCAUACUACGCUUUCAUGCGGGGCCUCCCUAUGAAGACAUUGCUUUUAAAAUUAUCAAUCGCGAAAUGGAAUAUUCAUAUAAAAAAGGUUUUAGAUGUCAGUUUCACAACAACAUCUUUCAGUUAUAUUUCCACUUCAAGAGAUAUCGUUACCGAAGAUAGUUUGUUCUUGAUGCCUUGCUAUUGCAUAUGUAAAAAUGAAAAUAAAACCGUUGUUAAGGACACAAUCCGGCAAAUAAUAAAUGUCAAGUUAUGCAGUAGAAAUUCUCACUUCUGAGUUAAUGGAGACAGAGUGUCAUCAGAGGAAGUUGAGGUAUCAGGCAUAAAGAAACGGCAAUUCAAAAAUGAGUAGGUAAACAGUAUGUUAUCAAUGUCACUUAACAAUUAUUAUACUAUUUAUUUUCUGAUAUGAAGCCUUAACUACAUACACAUAAAAAAGGAGAUUGUUCCAAGCUUAACAACAAAACAAGUUUUAAACUAAACUUUCAGAAUAAAUAAAGGAAUAAAUAAGAUGUGUAAAAUACAGUAGUGUACCCUAGUGUAUAAACGGUAUUUAGUACAGUAAAAAGGUUUAUGUUAAAAUAACUUAAAAUGAAGGGAUUUAUCAUUAUUUACAUACAAAAAUGAUUCUUAGCUCAAGGUCACAAGGCUGUAAUAGCGCAAGUAAUUUUUAUACUGUUAUCAACUAUCUCUUUUUAUAUAUAUGUUUUGUCAAUCAUAUUUUCUUGUUUGCAUUUUAAACAUGGACUUUUAUAUGAAGAUACUAUCUCUUAAAUGAAGGAAAACUUUUAUAUUACACUUUUAGUGUGAGAAAUUUUGUGGUGGAAAAUAGUUGUAUGAUUCUUAUAACAUUGUUGUAGAUAGAUGUACUGUCAUUGCAAUAAAUUGUAACAUAUUUUGUUUUGUUAUAUGCUAUUUCUUGUUUCCUUCUAUAAAAUAAUUUUGUCAAAAAAAAAAAAAUGUUUUGCCCCACCAAAACUUGCCAAAACAAAGAAAUACAUAAUGUACUUUGAUGAGUUCUUUCUUGUCUUGGGAGACAUGGUGAUGAAUGACACAAUGUUAUUUUGUGCUAUGUAAGUAAAUAAAAAAAUGAAAACUGCAUAUUUAUACCAGGGUUUGCCACACUUUUUUGAUCAUCAAUCUCUAAAAAGUUGCAGAUUCUCUUAUUGAACCCUUCCAUGCUAAAAAUAAGAAAAAAUGUUGAUUGUGAGGUAUUUAAAUUUGAAAAACGUGAUGUAUUUAAAUUUGAGAAGGAGGGCGCUGGCAAAAUUAGCAGCAAUUGUUUCAAAAUUUGUUAAUUCCUUUCAUCAAUUUAUUUUUUCACUAUGUUAAAAUAAGAUUAACAUAAUUGGAGCCAAAUUUCUCUCUAUACAAACUUGAGAGUAAUUGAAAUAAACUAGCUGAUGUGUGUGCCUCACAUGACUUACUUUUACUCCAAUUUAAUGUCAUUUUCCCAUUAUUGGUAAUUUUAAUGUGAUUCUAUAGUUUA